AUUUCCAGCUCGUUUGAGACGGAGGCCAUCACCAGGCAGAAGCUGGUCAAAGGUCACGCCUACUCCAUCACUGCAGCACGGCAGGUCCAUCACCAGGGCUCUGCGGUGGAGCUGCUGAGGAUCAGGAACCCCUGGGGUCAGGUGGAGUGGACCGGAGCCUGGAGCGACGGUUCUAAGGAAUGGUCCGCAGUGGAGCCGGAGGAGAAGCAGCAGCUGGAUCACGCUGCCGAGGACGGCGAGUUCUG